CAGCCGCUCAGCUGUUCUCUACGGCAGGAACUCACCUGUUCCUCGGUCCAGCGCUGUAGUCUUCCCGCGCCGGCUUCUUCCCGCCCCGGCAUCUGUGACAGCCAGGUGGCCACUGCGCAUGCCAUUCACAAAGCGCAGCGCUUCUUGCGCAUACGCAGUGGGCACCCGGCGCCCAUAGUCCCCUCCCUCCUAAAGGUCCGCAGUGUCUGGUCAUCCCCUGUACAGUCUGCAGUCUCUGGUCAUCUGUACUGUCCGCAGUCUCUGGUCAUCUCCUGUACUGUGUCCGCAGUCUCUGGUCAUCCCCUGUACUAUGUCCGCAGUCUCUGGUCAUCUCCUGUGCAGUGUCCGCAGUCUCUGGUCAUCUCCCCUGUGCUGUGUCCGCAGUCUCUGUUCAUCCCCUGUGCUGUGUCCACAGUCUCUGGUCAUCCCCUGUGCUGUGUCCGCAGUCUCUGGUCAUCCCCUGUGCUGUGUCUGCAGUCUCUGGUCAUCCCC